GCGCAGACUGCCGAGCUCCACUCUUGCCUGAACAGGUGAGCAUCGCACAGGAAUGCGCGCCGGGUGACUCACCAGCGCCCUCGUACCUGGGCCGGAUAAAGCUGCCUCUCCUCUGCCCGCCCGAUGUCUCUCUGCUCCUUUCCUGCUUUCUUUCCUCCCUCCCUCCCUCCCUCUCUGACAGUGUCGGGCGCUCUCGCUCUUUAACACACACGCACACAUACUCACACGCAGGAGAGCGGCUCCCACUAGCCAGGAAAGGGGGGAAGAUCAUCAGAAGCAAAAGGGACCAGACCCCGGGAAAGGAGGAAGAGGAUGCCCUGGCCAGGGGCAUGGGCUGGGCUGCUCUUCUGGGCAAUUCUGUGCACCAGCCUCCAAGGGAACACGGCUAAUCGCUGCAAGAAGGCCCUGGUGAAGAGCUGUACCGAGUGCAUCCGUAUAGACAAGGACUGUGCCUACUGCACUGAUGAGACAUUCAAGGACCGUCGCUGUAACACUAGAGAGGAACUGCUGGCCAUGGGCUGUGAGUCCGGGAGUGUGGUGUUCAAGGAAAGCAGCUUCCAUAUCACAGAGUACACCGAGAUCGACACCACCCUGAAGAAGAGCCAGGUGUCCCCCCAGGCCAUGCACGUGCGCCUCAGGCCCGGCGAGGAGAAGAGCUUCCAGUUCCAAGUGUUUGAACCCCUGGAGAGCCCCGUGGACCUGUACAUCCUCAUGGACUUCUCCUAUUCCAUGUCUGACGAUCUGGCCAACCUCAAGCAGAUGGGGCACAACUUAGCCCGGGUCUUGAGCCAGCUCACCAGUGACUACACUAUUGGCUUUGGGAAAUUUGUGGAUAAAGUCAGCGUCCCACAGACAGACAUGAGGCCGGCCAAGCUGAAGGAGCCCUGGCCCAACAGUGACCCUCCCUUCUCCUUCAAGAACGUGAUCAGCCUCACAAAAGAUUUGGAGGAGUUCCGGCACAAGCUGCAGAGGGAGCGAAUCUCGGGCAACCUGGACGCCCCCGAGGGCGGCUUUGAUGCCAUCUUGCAGACGGCCGUGUGCACGAAGGAGAUCGGCUGGAGGAAGGACAGCACCCACCUGCUGGUGUUCUCCACAGAGUCGGCCUUCCACUACGAGGCGGACGGCGCCAACGUGCUGGCAGGGAUCAUGAAGCGCAACAGCGAGGAGUGCCACCUGGACUCCACGGGCACCUACACCCAGUACAGCCAGCAGGACUACCCGUCCGUGCCCACUCUCGUGCGCGUGCUGGCGCAGUACAACAUCAUCCCCAUCUUCGCCGUCACCAACCACUCCUUCAGCUACUACGAGAAGCUGCACAGCUACUUCCCAGUCUCCUCCCUGGGCUUGUUGUAUGAGGACUCUGCCAACAUCGUGGAACUACUGGAAGAGGCCUUUUACCGUAUCAAAUCUAACUUGGAUAUCAGGGCUCUGAAUACUCCCCGGGGCCUGCGGACCGAAGUCACCUCCAAAAAAUACGAGAAGACAAAGGCCGGGUCUUUCCAAAUCCAGCGUGGAGAAGUGGGAACUUACCACGUGCAGCUGCGGGCAGUGGAGCAAGUGGACGGGAAGCAUGUGUGCCUGCUACCUCCCGAGGACCAGGGAGGAGAAAUCCAUCUCAAGCCCUCCUUCUCCGACGGACUCAGAAUCGACGCCAGCAUCAUCUGUGAUGUGUGUGAUUGUGAGCUGCAAAAGGAGCUUCUGUCGACCAAGUGCAGCUCCCACGGGAACUUCACGUGUGGCCACUGUGUGUGCAAGGAGGGCUGGAGUGGCAAGUCUUGUAACUGCUCUACGGGCUCCCUGAGCGACACAAAGCCCUGCAUCCCGGAGGGGGAGGACAAGGUUUGCUCUGGGCGAGGAGAAUGCCAGUGUGGGCGCUGCGUGUGCUAUGGAGACGGACGCUACGAGGGACAGUUCUGCCAGCAUGAUAAUUUCCAGUGUCCUAGGACCUCGGGCUUCCUGUGCAAUGACCGGGGCCGCUGCUCCAUGGGCCAGUGCAUUUGUGAAAGGGGCUGGACAGGAAAGAGCUGUGAGUGUCCACUCAGCAAUGCCACCUGCAUCGACAGCAACGGGGGCCUGUGUAACGGGCGAGGGCGCUGUGAGUGUGGACGUUGCCACUGUGACCAAGUCUCCCUCUACACUGAUACCACCUGUGAGAUCAGCUACUCUGCAGCAUUCCUAGGGGUAUGUGAGGACCUGCGUUCCUGUGUUCAGUGCCAAGCCUGGGGCACGGGGGUGAAGAAGGGGCAGAAGUGUGCUAACUGUAACUUCAAAGUGAAGAUGGUGGAGGAGCUGAAGAAAGCAGAAGAAGUGUUGGAAUACUGUUCCUUCCGUGAUGAGGAUGAUGACUGCACAUACAGCUAUACUGUAGAAGGGAACGAAGCCAUCGGACCCAACAGCACCGUCCUUGUGCAUAAGAAAAAAGACUGUCCUCCUGGAACCUUCUGGUGGCUCAUCCCAUUGCUCAUCUUCCUCCUGCUGCUCUUGGCCCUGCUGCUGCUGCUCUGCUGGAAGUACUGUGCCUGCUGCAAGGCCUGCCUGGCCCUGCUCCCCUGCUGCAACAAAGGCCACAUGGUGGGCUUCAAGGAAGAUCACUACGUGUUGAGGGAGAACCUCAUGGCUUCGGACCACCUGGACACGCCAAUGGUACGCAGUGGAAACCUGAAAGGGCGCGACAUGGUCCGCUGGAAGAUCAACAAUGGCAUCACCAGCCAUGCUGCCAAUCCCAAAGAGCUGGUCCCAUAUAGGUUAUCCCUGCGCCUUGCCCGCCUCUGCACCGAGAACCUGCUGAAACCUGAUACUCGGGAGUGCGAUCAGCUGCGCCAGGAAGUGGAAGAGAAUCUGAAUGAAGUUUACAGACAGAUUCCGGGGGUUCAUAAGCUUCAGCACACCAAGUUUCGGCAACAGCCCAAUGCUGGGAAAAAGCAGGACCACACAAUUGUGGACACAGUGCUGAUGGCCCCCCGGUCAGCUAAGUUGCCUCUGCUGAAGCUAACAGAGAAGCAAGUCUCCCAGGGAGCAUUCCAUGAGCUCAAGGUGGCCCCUGGCUACUACACCCUCACUGGAGACCAGGAUGCCCGGGGCAUGGUGGAAUUUCAGGAAGGAGUAGAGCUGGUAGAUGUUCGAGUCCCUCUUUUCAUCCGUCCAGAUAAUGAUGAUGAUCAGCAUCUGGUGGUAGAGGCAAUUGAUGUACCCGUGGGCACUGCCACCAUUGGGCGUCGCCUGGUCAACAUAACCAUCAUAAAGGAACAAGCCAGCGGGAUAGUAUCAUUUGAUCAGCCAGAGUAUUCCUUCAACCACAUGGACCAGGUAGCCCGGAUUCCUGUGACCAGACGCGUCAUGGACAGUGGCAAGUGUCAAGUCUCCUACCGAACACAGGAUAAUACAGCCCGGGCCAACCGGGACUACAUCCCUGUAGAAGGAGAUCUGCUCUUCCAGCCAGGGGAGACAAAGAAGGAGCUGCAAGUGAAACUGCUGGAUCUACAGGAAAUGGACUCCCUCCUUUUGGGCCAUCAACCCCGACGUUUCCACAUCCAUCUAACUAAUCCCAAGUAUGGCGCUCGGUUGGGCGAGCAGCACUCUGCCACGGUCCUCAUCGAAAGUCUGGAUAAGGGAUUGGUUGGACAGACGACUUCCUCAUAUUUCACCCCGGCUGAACCAGGUGCCCCUCAGAACCCCAAUGCCAAGGCUGUUGGUUCCCGUAGGAUCCAUUUCAAUUGGAUACCACCUCCUGGCAAGCCAUCUGGAUACAGGGUAAAAUACUGGAUACAGGGUGAUCCUGAAUCUGAGGCUCGGUUCCUUGAUUGCAAAGUACCCUCAGUGGAGCUCAACAACCUAUACCCAUAUUGUGACUAUGAGAUGAAGGUCUGUGCUUAUGGGCCAUCCGGUGAGGGACCUUAUAGUCCCCUGGUAUCCUGUCGUACCCAUGAAGAAGUCCCCAGUGAACCUGGACGCCUGGCCUUCAACGUUGUUUCCUCCACCGUCACCCAGCUAAGCUGGGCCGAGCCUGCUGAGACCAAUGGGGAGAUCACAGCCUACGAGGUCUGCUACGGAUUAGUCAACGAGGAGAACAAACCCAUCGGGCCCAUGAAAAAAGUACUGGUGGAUACACCCAAGAAGCGGACAUUGUUGAUUGAGAACCUUCGAGAAUCACAGCCCUAUCGCUAUACAGUAAAGGCCCGCAAUGGGGCAGGCUGGGGGCCAGAGAGAGAAGCCAUCAUCAAUCUUGCCACCCAACCCAAACGGCCCAUGUCCAUCCCCAUCAUCCCAGACAUCCCCAUCGUGGACGCCCAAGGUGGGGAAGAUUACGACAGCUUCCUCAUGUACAGCGAUGAUGUUCUGCGUUCCCCUGCCAGCAGCCAGAGACCCAGUGUCUCUGACGACACAGGCUCCUGCUGGAAGUUCGAGCCACUGCCAGGGGAGAACCUGAAUUUCCGGCAGAUCACGUGGCAGCUGCCCCCAGAAUUCAUCCCCCGCCUGUCCAGCAGCAGCGGGCUCUCCUCUGAGGCUGAGGGGCUCAUCCUGCCCCAGGAUGAUAGCAACCCAGGAGACAGUCUUCCCCGAAGGGGGACCCCCCACCCCCCAGCAGAGCACUUACUGAAUGGGAGGCUGGACUUCGUUUUCCCGGGCAGUGCCAACUCACUGCACAGGAUGACCACCACCACAUCCAACUACGGCACCCAUCUGAGCCCCCACCCACAGCACCGAAUACUAAGCACUUCUUCCACUCUCACCCAAGACUACCAUUCCCUGACGCGCACAGAGCACUCGGCAACCCUCCCCCGAGACUACUCCACACUGGCCUCCGUCUCUUCCUACGAAUCCCGUCUGCCGUCUGGGGUACCUGACACCCCCACCCGCCUGGUAUUCUCGGCCUUGGGACCAACAUCCCUCAAAGUAAGCUGGCAGGAGCCACAAUGUGAUCGGGCCCUGCAAGGCUACAGCAUGGAGUACCAGCUGCUGAGUGGAGGUGAGCUGCACAGGCUACACAUCAAUGACCCUCACCAGACCUCUGUGGUCGUGGAAGACCUCCUGCCUAAUCACUCCUACAUCUUCCGGGUCCGGGCCCAGAGCCAGGAAGGCUGGGGUCCAGAGCGUGAGGGUGUCAUCACCAUUGAGUCCCAGGUGCACCCCGAAAGUCCACUCUCUCCUCUGCCAGGUUCACCCUUCACUCUGAGCACUCCCAGUGCCCCAGGUCCCUUGGUAUUCACAGCCUUAAGUCCGGAUUCACUGCAGAUGAGCUGGGAACGACCUCGCCGACCCAAUGGGGACAUCCUGGGGUACCUGGUGACCUGUGAGAUGGCCCAUGGAGGUCCAUCCACUACCUUCCAGGUGGAAGGCGACCACCUGGAGAACCGGCUGACAGUGCCGGGUCUGAGUGAAAACGUGCCUUACAAAUUCAAAGUCCAGGCAAAGACAACGCAAGGUUUUGGGCCAGAGCGUGAGGGCAUCAUCACUAUUGAAUCUCAGAAUGGAGGUCCCUUUCCACAGCUGGGAGGGCACUUUGGGCUUCAGCAGGAGGUGGCUCAGUUUCCCAGAGAGUACAGCAGCAUCACCACAGCAACCCAUUCUAGCAUCACCAAGCCCUUCUUAGCAGACGGACUGGUCCUAGGGACCCAGCAGCUUGAGGCCGGAGGCUCCCUCACUCGUCAGGUGACGCAGGAAUAUGUGAGCCGAACACUAACGUCUAGCGGGACCCUGACCAAGCAGCUCGAGCGCCAGUUCUUCCAAACAUGAGAGGUCCUCUGGCACCAGUGCACCUCUCCCCGUUCUUCCUUCUUUCCCCUAAACCAGCCUAUGGCACUUCCAAAGAGUGAGGGAAUCAUUGCUCUUUGCCAACCCUACCCUGAUUAUCCUCGAGGGGACAAAGUGGGGGUACAGACUCCCGGGGGAGGGAGGGGAGAUGAGGGUACAGAAUACUAUCCAACAGGUCUGGCCUGCAGCUCCAAAUUCAAUCUGUAACCAAAUAGCUGAUUAGAGGGGGGCCUCUAAUCUUCAUCUUGCCACUUAAUAAUAAUAAAUGUUUUUGCUACCAA